AUGGCAGUGGUGUCCUACAUAAAUCGCCAUGGCAGUCUCAGGUCAAGCAACCUGCACACCAUGGCCAAGAACCUCAUGUUAUGGGCUCAGCACAACCUGUGGAGCGGGUCAUGUGCCAGGCAUUCUGAACCAGGGUGCGGAUAUGUUAUCCAGGGACAAUGUUCCCCCAGGGGAAUGGUCUCUCCACCCAGAGACGGUUCAGCUAAUAUGGAGCAUCUUCGGCAAGGUCAUCGAACGGAUCAGGGAGAGCAAGUGUGCAGUGCUACUAAUAGCACCUCUCUGGAAGACCCAGUUAUGGUUCUCCGAGCUAACACAGCUGCUGGAAACAGCCCCAUCUCCUCACGCAGGCAAAUGGGAAAAUCUGGCAUCCACGCCCCGACUUGUGGGGCCUUCAUGUAUGGCCCCUCAACGGUAUCGAGUGUAAUCGCCUUCCUGCAAGAGCUUUUGGACACGGGUCGAACCUCCUCCACGCUCAAAGUGUAUGUGGCGGCCAUAACAGCUUCUAAUGCUCUUGUGUCCGGUCAAUCACUAGGAGGAAACGGCCUCGUCGUACGCAUCCUUAAAGGGAGUUUAAGGGAGAAAGGACCUGUUUUGACACCAAGGUGUUCAUCGAUAUCGUCUUCUUUAUUCAUAUGCGCGCGCUGCGGGACAGACAUUGUGGACCGACAAGUGCUGAAGGUGAAUGGAUUAACGUGGCACCUGAAAUGUUUGCAGUGCUCAAUGUGCGCAGUUUCCUUGGGUCACCAUAACAGCUGCUUUAUCAGAAAUAAAGUUAUUUUCUGUAGAAAGGAUUAUAACAGUACUUUUGGCAUAAAAUGUGUCCGAUGUGGCCAUCAAGUCAGUGCAAAUGACUGGGUUCGGAGGGCAGGAAACGGCAUAUAUCAUCUCACCUGCUUCGCUUGCUUCUUCUGUAAAAGGCAGCUUUCUACAGGGGAGGAGUUCGGCUUGAUGGAGAACCAGGUUCUCUGUCGCAUUCACUACGACAUAAUGCUAAACCUACAGCCCAUGUCAGACAAUGGAAAUGAUUUGUACGGGGCCAUACAGUAUCUCCCAAAGCUGCCUAAAAGACCUCGUACAUCAUUCACCUCAGAACAGCUACAGAUUAUGAAAACCCACUUUAUCCAAGACAAGAACCCUGAUGCACAGACUCUGCAGAGGCUGGCAGACAUGACUGGGCUGAGCAGAAGAGUCAUACAGGUUUGGUUCCAAAACUGUAGAGCCAGACAGAAGAGGAACCCACUUCAUGACAGCGUUCCUCCACGGGACGGAUACCAGACCUCUGGAGUGCCCUUUCUGUCAGAUAACCAGUACUUCUUGCCCUCAGGGAGACCUGAGACUCACUGAGACUGUCCUCUAUUUCAGCAUAUCAUGUGCUCCUUGAGAUCUUUUGAUGUAUAAUCAUUUAUGUGGGGAUUGUUUGA